AUGAUAGCACACUACAACCACAGUGAUGCUCGAGCGCGUUACGCAUCUCUACAAGUUCGCGCGAGCUGUACAUUCGUCGUGCUUCUGCAUUCCAUGCUCGUCAGUAUCUGUGUAUUUAUAUGGGCGCAUCAGGCCGAGCGUGUCUAUAUGUGA